UGUGUUCAAACCUUUCCUCUCUUCCUCUGCAUCUUACAGACGUUGAAGCGCAAGGAGAAGGAGUACGAGCAUGAGAUGGAGAGACUGGCGCGGGAGAAGAUCGCUACUCAGCAGCGAUUGGCUGAGCUGAAGAACGAGCUGAGCCAGUGGAUGAAUGUCAUGGAGAUCGACCGUGUUCUCAGACAGACUGUUCAACCAGAAGACGACCAGGCUUCUACCUCUACUGCCUCAGGUACGCUCAAUCAAUCGAUUAAUCAAGCAAUCAAAUUAAUUUAGAAAGCCGUUUAUAAAUAAAUAAUGACACUAAGCGGUUGUCACCAAGUACUUUACAGUAACCGUACUUACAUUUACAUUUUAGUCAUUUAGCAGACGCUCUUAUCCAGAGCAAUUUACAGUUAGUGAGUGCAUACAUUAUUUUAUUUUUUUCAUACUGGCCCCCCGUGGGAAUCAAACCCACAACCCUGGCGUUGCAAACGCCAUGCUCUACCAACUGAGCUACAUCCCUGCCGGCCAUUCCCUCCCCUACCCUGGACGACACUGGGCCAAUUAUUCGCCGCCUCAUGGGUCUCCCGGUCACGGCCGGCUACGACAGAGCCUGGAUUCAAACCAGGAUCUCUAGUGGCACAGCUAGCAGUGCCUUAGACCACUGCGCCACUUAAGAGACCACUUGGGAGACCACUGCGCCACUCGGGUACUUGUAAUGUGUACCUGGGUCUUUCUAUAAACUAGGUUACCAGUGGGGAUUUCUUACACGGAACUACUUGUUACAGCUGUUAAUAAUUCAUUGAUAAUAAUCUGCUAAUUUAUUUCAUGUCAUUACAUUAAACCUCUUAGAUUUAAAGUCCCCUGUUUUGGGAACCUGCGUGGUUCUGGUACCGGUUCCGACCGUCAUUUUUGCUUACAAAUCGAUCUAUGGACACCAUAGCUCGAAAUGGCUUGCAUUGAACGGUAGCCCUGAUUCUCACUGACACAGGAGUAUGUAUAUUUUGCCUGUGUGAAGCAGGAUGUGAAAUCUGACACCACUUGAAGCUGGGAUGUCCCUCCUACUAUUUCAUUCGCUCUUCCGACUGUCCAUCAACUCCUUGCUGAACCCUACGUCACAGCCACUAACAAUAUAUGCCUGGAAUCCUUACAUCAUAGCGCAGCAGGAGAGAGUGGUUUCGUCGCUGUAGCACAUUCAGAGAUCGAUUUAUAGCCAGUAAUCUAAAAUAAUUUUAAACAAAAAACACUUUCUGUAUGUCAUAGACGGACAUAAUUUAUAUGAGAUGAAAUGCGAGUUCCUAACGAGUUCAGGAAGCCAAGCUAGAGCACUGUAAAGUUCACAGCGAUGGGGGCAGACAUUUUGAUCAAGAGUCCUUUAGAAAAUAUGUAUUUUACAGUUAAGGUGAAAUCUUAUAGUUAGUCGUUUUAUAAUUAGAUUAUACUAUAUUUAAAAAGCAUAAGUCAUUUCAAGCCUUAUUCAUACAGUUUUGUUGAAUAGGAAAUCAUAAAAUAUUUCAUUUUCAUAUUUUUACUUUGUACUUAAACUUGUGUCCUCAAAAGUGACCACACCUCAGCAAUUUAUAACAGUUUCUUACCAGAAAGCUGAGAUUUGAACCUUUCUUGGAGUAUGCAGCAUUACUAGUUAUUGUUUAUGGCCCUCAUGAUAAAUAAUUACUUUUGGGGAUUACGUAGAUUACAUUUAGUUACAUUUAACUGGUUUAAGAUAUAAGGGGGAUUAUAGCUAUAUUCAAUCAAAUUCACGAGUAUGUUUAACCCUUUAUCAUGGUUGGCGUCUUGAUGGAUUUGUUCAAAAUCGUGUGACAUAAAACAUUACUUUUCUGUCGUUGCAUUUAUGGCAGUGUAAGUUGUCAUUAUAUCAGAUAUUAACCAUUAAUCAGUUAAAUUAGACAUUGAACCUGAACCCUGUAAGAAUCCUGGAUCUAGCUGUCAGACAGUUUUUUUUGUAUAGAGAUCUCAGAAAUGCAGUGUAAACGCAUAAUAUUUUGUGUCUCCUUAUGUUACGGGGUGAAAACAGUUGUCAUGGGCACUCAAAUUCUAAAUAAUGUAUGCAUUGUCAAAUGUGAACGCUUCUAACCGAAAGAGUCACCUUACCAUGAUACUUAAAACCUAAAUCGAUACUAUCAUUAAUGUGGUUCUUCAAUAAUUAUGCAUAAUACUUGUUGGAUGCGCAUUUGGUGUCCAGCUGAUUAUUUACUCCGUGAUAUUUUCACACAUCACCUGAUCCAGGAAGGAAUUUUCCGAAUGACAGUCAAGUGACAGCGCAUGCGAUGCAACAACAGCUCAAGUGCUGGAAUAAAGGUGUCCGCAAGGAAUAUCCAGAAUAUUUUUGUGUCUCAUGCGAUACACCUGUGAAGACCGGAUUGAUGUUGAUAAUCUGUCUGCUUGAUUUACAGCAGGGUCUCAUUUAGAUUUAAAAGAAAAAGCGUCAAGGUAAUAAGUUCAUGUUUUCAUAUGUUUUUGUGCCUUGGAUUGGACACAGUCUACUGUGCACAAGUGUAGGAUAGACUAUUGUGCAACACCCAACGCUAUUCCUAUUCAUUAUUCUGGAUAUAAUGACAACAAAUUACAUAGCCUAGUGGGCUUAUUCAUAAUAUGAUCUGCUAUUGAAAUAACAUGACAUUCAUUUUGUUUUCCAUGUUAGAACAGCAAUUUUAAACAAUACAAGGGGCUUGAAGUAGCCUACUUGAACUUGAAUUUGGAGCUCAGAAAUUAUGAGGACGACAACAUCUAAUGUUGGCUUUCCAUAGAAAUCCUUCCAUUUAAAAAAGGAACCUGUUUUUCUCAUUAUAAAAACAGCGAUGGUGAGAUUAAAAUGGUGAGGUUAAUGAUACCGCUAUUCAUGACUUUAUGAUGUGUGCCUGUGUCGGCCACAUAGGCUACAGAAAAAUGGCCAUGCAUGCAUCCAAUCUAAUUAGUUAGGCAAUGUCCACAUUAUUCUCACAUAUUUUAGAAUGUAAUAAUAAUUUGAAUAUCAAUGCAUUGGCAAGGCUUAAAAAAUGCAUUAUUCAUAUUGGUAAUGGCCUACGUUUUUUGACAGGUUUUGCUUUCUGGGGGUGGGUUCUAUAUUAGGCCCUGUAUUUACAAUUAUAUACAUUAUAAAAUUGUAUACCGUUGAGGUCCUUGACCAUUACAAUUAGGUGCUUGUAAAAAGUCCUUGAAUUUGACUUGCCAAUGUCUGUAUGAACCCUGCUUAAAGGAUGUAUAGUCCUAGACCUAUGUUGUUAUAUAGGUGGAGUUAUGGGACCAUUUGCAUAUAUGCACUUUCAUUCCUCUAAGUACACAUGUGGAACUUCAUGACAAUCCUUUUUAUUUUUGUUUCAAACCAUUUUGAAAUGUUGAUCCCAAUGUCACACAUUGGCCACUUUUAUUUAUAGAAAGACCCACCUACACUUGUUCCUACACAGUGUUUUAAGAAUGUACAAAGCGAUCAUAUCUGCGAUGUUAUCAAGCGUAACGUUAUUAACAUGAGCAUUCUUUCUAUCUGUGUCACAGAGGGUGAAGACAUCAUGAAUGACGACAUGGAUGAAGAGAAUGUUCCUGCAGCGCCAACAGCCUUACCCACCAUGCCUCAACAAGCCAUGCAGCCCGAGUUGUACAAGACUGUGACCCCUACUACCAUAACCCCCACAACCUCCAUCCUCACCCAACAUAUCUCCAUCCAACACAAGACCCAGAUGUACCCCCAGCCCCUGCUUCACCCACACCCGCUGUCAGCCCUGCCUGUCUCGGCUACGUUCUCCACCCCAACAUCCAGCAUCACCACCACCCCUAUCCAGACCCUCCUAUCGGCUCACACACACAUCGUAAGCUCCCCUAGCACCCUCUUCCCGGCCCACACACACAUGGUGACUGCCCCCGCUCACACUCACAUGGUAAAGGCACCCAGCCUCCAGCCCACGGUCAUCGCCCACGCCUCGGCUUCCCACGCCUCCGUCAUUCAGGCCGUCAACCACGUCAUCCAGGCCCAGGCUUCAUCUGGAGGAGCCAAGCACAUCACCCAUCUAGCCCCCUCCUCCUCAACCUCCAUGCAGCUGGCCCCAGGUCACCACCACCACCAGCCCAUCGGACACAUCACCGUACACCCUGUUACUCACCUGGGCCAGCACCAUUUACCCUCCAUCUACCCCCAGUCUGUGGCUGUCACGCAGCCAGCCAUGGUGGGCCACAUCACCCAUACACUCACCCAUGCCCAGGUCAAUGGUACUGCCCCCAACCAGGGCACAACCACCAUUGUGGGAAAGCAGACGGCAGUUGGUGCCCAGGUGGUGACACAUCACCCACAGCUGCUGAACCCUGUAACUAUGGUGACCAUGCCCUCAUUCCCCGUUAGCACUCUGAAGCUAGCCUGAUCUCUGAACCAGGCCAGAGCCAUAACCAGGCCAGAGCCAUCCUGAAGCUAGCCUGAGAACCAAGCUACAUGAACAGGCAGGUGGCCAGAGUCGGGCCGAGGUCGGAGACAGACCUCUAGACCUGGAGACCAUCGGCCCCAGAGCAGACCAGCCGGACAGGAUCAGGAGCCAGCCCAGACUCAGAGCCAAGGGCAACUGAAGUAGGCCCAGAGUGAGGCAGGCACCAGGACUACUGUACUGACAAACAAAUGCAAAAGUCUUCAUACUGAACGCAAGACGCAAGUCCUCAUAUUCACUGAUGAUUCACAAACUGCAUUAUUAACUAACCUGAGGCAUUACAGCUGUCAAUAAGUAACUCAGAACAUUCCUAAAAUAAACUAUAAAAAACGUACAUAAAAAAUAAAUAACCAUUAUAAAGAUAUAUUUAUAUUAUGAGGUGAAAGACAGCAAAUGUUGUUAGGCUGAGUGUGAUGUCCAGGAUGAUCAUGUUGAUGGUGUGUGAUAUUGUAUACGAUACAGUCGAGAGAAUCACAUGAAGACAUUGUCUGUCCCUCUUCCGUAUUCAUAUAUACAGAAGCAAAACAGUAGCUAAUAGUGAGAGAAGGGUGUCAUCCAAUGUCAAAGGCAGUCAGACCUGCAUAUUUUCCCUCAAGACCAGUUUUUAUAUUUCUGGUACAGGGUCAUGGAUUCCACAGCCAAGAGUAUUUACAAACCACACUACUAAUGACUGUGGUGGUGCCACUAUUUUCUCUUAUGAAAGCACCAAGAUAUUAGAUUUAACUGAAGUCUACCGCUGCUACCAGAGGCCAGGGCCUGUAUCCACAAAUCAUCGUUGUGCUGAUCUAGGAUCUGCCCAUAUAAUCUUAUUUGUUAGAAUUUAAAAGGCUAAGCUGAUACUAGAUAAACACUCCUACUCUGAGACACUUUGUGGAUA